AUGGUCCUGCGUCGGCCCACAGAGAGCUCCAAAGCGGCCGUAGCCACGACCACCAAGUCAUUAUCCGCUGUAUCAUUGACCAAGAAGACGAGUGCUCUAGCAUCGGACGUCGAAGAGCUCAAGAACAACCUUCAAAUUCAAAGCCAAGAAGUAACCCAGCGAGAUGAAGCUCUGCACGAAUUGGCUGGCAAGGUCGAUGUGCUGCAAAACGCCUUCAACUCAUUAUCUGAUGUCUUCACAUGUGAAGUCGAGGAGUUCCAAAAGCAGUUUGCGGCCACGACAUCUCAACUCCAAGAUCGUGUUGCUAAGUUGGAACAUUCCGUCGGCGUCUUAGAGUCUCAAGUGCCACGUAUGGAUGGCAAACGUCGACAACAUCAAGAAAAAUCGGACCGGCGCUUUCUUAGUGUCCAAGAGACCUGCUCGAAGAUCGAAUUGUUAAUUUACGAGACUCAAUCGGAGCUGGCCCAUGUAAAAAAUGCCUCAGAAGAUCUCAUGACCCGUGAGCGAGAAGCUGCACAAUUACAGAAAUCCUUACAGAUGUCACAAGAAGAUGCGAUGGAUGCUCUAAAACGACUCAAAGAGGAGAGUAGCCACCUCCAAUUAGAGGUAUUUGGUCUUAAAGAACAAACGAUUGGAACUACCUCGACACUGGCGAGUGAUGUUCAGGUACUUGCAAACGAAUACUCGUCACUUCGAGGCGUAGUAUCAAAGCAACAGUCGCAGUGGGUAGGCAAACUCAAGACAUUGCAAGAAAGUAUUGAUCGACAAGGCAAAUUGGACAAAACGCAACUAACUCAACGUUUGGAUACACUCUCCGAUGCCGUCUCUUCUCAAGAAUAUCGCACGAAGAAUGCUGUUGACAAUUUGUUGAAAAAUCACACUCGAAUCCGAUGUGCAGUCGACGAAGGCAUGGAAAUUUAUUCGCGAGAGAUCCGGGCGUUAAGUACCGAAGUGAAAGCGAUGGAAGCUGAUCACCAAGAUAAAAUUGACCAAGUUGUCCAGCAAAUGGCUACAAACUCCAUUGAAUGUGGUCAAUGCCAUGACGAACUGCAUCUCGCGCUUCGAUCGAUCGCACACCGACUUAAAGUCUCAUUGUAG